AUGACGUCACUGGAGCCGCUGGUCGGCGUGACGUCAUCAGCAUCGUGCCGAAUUUCAAAUUUCGGCGAUUUCGCGCCAGCCGAGUUCGACUCGUUGUCCUGCGCCGCCUGCUUCUAUUUUAUCUACCUUCUGACAGACCCUUAUUUAGUGUUCGUUUUUUUAAAACUUCUAGUACUCGAAGAAUCAAAAAGGGAGAAGUAUCGAUAAACCAGAUAAAAAAAUAGAUGAAAAAUUUUUUUUUUUAGUUUCUUGAGAAGCUUUUUUUCAAUUGAAGUUUCGAAAAGUGUUUAUAGAAGAAAUAAAGGAUCAGAAUUUUUCGAAUAAAUUUGUACAAGUUUUCUAGUUGAAUAAGCUUGAAAGUAUAUUGUACCUACAGUUCCGCCGUAAAAACGGUUUUUUGAUAAAGAAUUUCUUUUUUUGGAGUUCAUUAUUUCCGGAACUUUCCAGAGUCGUUGGUUAUUUUUAACGCUAAGAUGAGUUGGGUCGUUAUGAUGAGCUAUGAUGAGUCGCAGAAAAAAAACCGCAGCUUUGAAAAUUUCGCAAGGAUUGAGUCUCAUACAGGGAAGACGUGGGAUUUUUGAUUUUUGGAAUUUUCUAGAUAUCGGACGCAGAUCUGCGACUCACGAGGAGUCCUCGUUUGUCCUGCUGGGAUCGAUGACGAAUGUAAUUGUGACAAUCCCCGAUACGUCUUCAAUGUUCCCGAUUUCGCCCUGAAUAGGUCAGUUUUCCCAAUUUUUUAUGGUACUGACAAAGUAGGAGAAAGGAUUUUGAACUGAGCAGAAAAAAAGUGAAAUAGGAAAAUUUCAGUCUCCAGUGAGUUUCAUAUGGAAUAGCUCAUCAAAAGAAGAGUUCUAUAGGUUUUUUAAUACCACUGAACGCGCUGCGGUCGCGUUGCGGCUCUGAAAAUUUCUUGAAAAUCAAGAAUUUAUAAGGAAUUUUGAAGCCUUCUGUAGCCUUGAGAGCUCAGAAAAACUAUCUUUAUUCGAAACCAAAGGAUUCUCGAGAAUUUCUCAAGCCCUCCGUUUGAAAAUAAUAAAUCCAAAUCAAAAAAAAAUGGGGAAAAAUGAUCCUUUGUGUCACAUAAAAUGAGUGAUGAAUUGAGGCCCAUAUAAUCUUUUUUUCCCCCAAUUUUUCGUUUCUCUUUUUCGAACAUCUUACCAAACUUGGAUAUUAUUCUGCCAUAUCGAAAUGGAAAUUAUGACUUUUUUGCUUUUUUGGAAUUUCGAAUGAGCGAUUUCGACUCAAAAAUAUCAAUUAUGGAAAUGGUCCAAUCUCAAAUUUUCACAGAAAAUCCAAAUUAUUCAAUAUUUUGAAUGAGAAAACCAAUAAAACCGGGCUUCCGUCAAUAAUAAAAAUAGGGUACUCAUCAAAAUGAAAAAAUGGCUUGUUUACAAAAACAGCCUGAAGUUUUCAUGGUACAUUGGGGUAAAAACUAAAAAAAAAUGCAUUUCAAAAUGGAAAAAAAAAAUUAUCAUUUGAAAGUUGAUCUUCUUCUUGGAAAAUGAUUUCUCAUUCCCCUGUUGAAAUAUUUUUCGAGAUCAUUUUUUUGGAGAUUAGUUCCACAUUUAGGAAAUUUGAAUUUUUGCAUUAAAAAUAGAAAGGUUUUUGAGAAAUGAUUCAAAAUUGAAGCUGAAAAGUCAUAAAUCGCUCAAAAUUCAAAUUAGCCAUGGAGCGCAUAAGCUUCAUGUAGAGCGGCUAAUUUUUCAGCUUUUUGGAGACUUUUUUUGAGCUUAACUGUUGUGGACCUUGGACUAUGAAUUAAGCAAUUGAAAAUAAAAAUAAUGGGAAUUUUGGCAGUGGAGCGCUUUUUCAUGGAAACCAGCUAAUUUUUAACUUUCUCUGAAGCUGAUUUUCUUAACGCACUAUGAAUCAUUUUACUAACCGGAAUCCAUUCUCCAAAAUUAGCCCUGGAGCGCAAAAGUUACACCGAUCGAAAAUUUCUUCACACCAAACCAAAAAUCAACAAAACAAACGAAAAAAUUGUUUUCCUUUCCGCUUCAAAUGUAAAAUCAAUCGAAAAUUUUGCGGAGGCGCGUAUAUCCAUGAACUCUUUCUCUGUUCAAUGGGAAACGACCGGAAAUGUUUCCUUCGAAAAAUGUCUUGUCGCGCGUUUUCUGCAAAGCACUCGUGACGUGUCCCUCGAGAAACCUUUUCCAUUUUUGGGAGAGAGUGAUUCAUCUGGUUUUUGAGGGGUCUCUCGAGGCGUUGCGGUCGUGUCGCGGUCAGCUUUGAGUAGACUGAAAUAAGGAGAGAAAUUCAUAAAUUUUUUCCAGUUGCUCAUUAUGUUACGAUUGCGUUUAACUCAACUAGAAUAUAGGGAAAAUAGGAGUUGCUUUUUUUGGAUGCGUUGCGGUCGCGUCGCGGUCAGCUUUGAACAGAAUUUAUUUUGCCGAGCUUUUUAUAACGUUUUUGAAACUGUUCCGUACGUUAAGAUCGGGAACUCAAACUAGAAUAUAGUUAGAAUGGAAGUUCAAAUUUAUAAACAUUUUUCUUGGAUGCGCUGCGGUUGCGUCGCGGUCAGCUUUGGACGAAAUCGAUUUUAUACGGCUUUAACUAACUUUAUUGAAACUGUUCCGUAAGUGACGAUCGGGAAAUCAAACUAGAAUAUAGUUAGAAUCGAGUCUCAAACUUUUAAAUAUAUCAUUGGAUGCGUCGCGGUCCCGUCGCGGUCAGUUAGAACUAGACUAUAUUUUAUUGUUUCUCUCAAAAAAUAUCUUUGAGUAGACUAUAGAAAACAAUUAAUUUUUCUAACUCUUAUUCCAAAUUUUUCUCUCAAGUUUUUAAAACUUUUUUUAAAGUAAUUUAUCCUUUUUAUGUUUUCUAUAUUUUUUUAAAGGUAAAAAAAUAGAUCUCUAGCUUUUUUUGCACUCCUCUCCUCAAUCCCUUAUUACAAAGAACCCUGGCAAAUGGAUCAGAAAAAAAAAAGAAAAAAGAAACUUCAUCACAUCCGGCCCCGGAAACGAAAUUUCGCCAUUGUUUCAGCGGUUCUUCAGAAUCUGCACACGGCCUCGUGCUUUUUGGCCGCUUUUGAGGGAAAAAAAAGACGAUUUUCUCUUCCUACAUCGUACUUUUGCAGAACUUUGAGAAAAGGGGCAAAGAUUGAGAAAAAUGAAGAGAAUUUGGAUGAAAAUGGGAAAUUUUGAUUAAAGUGGACCGCGACACGGCCGCAGCGCGUCUCAGAGAGUCUCCAUUAAUAUUCAAAAGUUCAAGUCCAAAUUUGAUCUCAUAGUUCUGAUCCACGGUAGCUCAGAAAAUUCCCAAAAAUUAAAGUUUUGACUUUAAACUAGAGUCUAUUUUUAGACUGAGCGUAACGCGACCGCAACGCGUCUUAAAAUUUUUUGAUAGAAAUUUAAAACUAUUGAAAACUGAUCAUGCUUUCAUUGGCUUGAAGUUCAAAAAUUACUUUUCCACAAUUUCUUUGAUCCCAAAGGCUACUGAGAAAACCGUCAAAAAGCUCUACUUUUUCUCCAUUUCAAACAAAUUUCCGUCGAAAUCCCCAGUGAAUCCGAAGACCCUGCCUUUUUUGUAGUUGAAAAAGUUGGAAAAAAGGGGUUUCCAAUUCUUCAAAUUCUUCGUCGUCUCUUCCUGAAAUGAGAUGGAUGAAUCUUUGGGGCGAGAAAUUGAAGAGACUAAAAAAAAAGAAGAAAAAAAAGAAGUUUUCUUGCUCCUUGUGUGGUCCGAUUGCUCUUGGAGGAAGACAUUUGAGGGAUUUUUUUUCAUUUUUCAAAUUUGAUUUCAUACAAAAUUCCCUUUGAAUCUGGUUCUUUCAAUCAUAAAUAUUCAAUUUUUUUGAAGUCUAUAACUGUUUCUAUCUUAAAAAUUGUAGUUUUUUUAAAUUUUUCAGCUAUUUUUCCUUCUUUUUUUCCCGCAUCUUUAGACAAUUGAUCUGCGGUGAAGCUUCAUAAUUUUUUCUCGCUUGUUUAAAAAAAAACUUUGACGGAAAGGCCGAAUAUUGUUACACAUAUUUUGCAAGCAGAUGUCCUUCUGGUUCACAUUUUCUCAGCCAGAAAAAAGGGUUUUCGCAACAUUUUCAACUUUUUUGAAGCAUGAAAAAGAAAAAUAAAAGGCUGAUUGAGGGAACCUUUUUUACUUUGAAAUUUAAAAAAAAAUCGGUUUUUUCAAGAUUUUAUAACUCGGCAAGUAUUUUUUUAAUAAAUACGCUAAGAAAAAUAAAAAUAAAUAUAAUUUUUCAAAAUUUCCGCAUUCAUUGGGAUGUUUAUUGAGAGGAGAUGCCAAGUGUUAUGUCGCGCGUUGGCGCUUUGGCCGUCGUGUCCUCGGUAGUAUAGUGGUGAGUAUCCGCGUCUGUCACAUGCGAGACCCGGGUUCAAUUCCCGGCCGGGGAGAAAACAUUUUGCAUUGUUUGUUUUUGAAGUUUUAUCAGAGAUCCAUUGCUUUUUCCUUGUUUUUAAGAAAAUUUAAAUACUCUGAAAGCUUUUUUCUCAACCUUAACACGGUCAGGUACUGCAGAAAAACUCAAAAAUGUUCUGAAAAAUGAAAAAUGUUGCGUAAACAGUUGUCGGACUCGGGAAACUUUUUAUUUAAUUGUAUUAUAGGAAUGUUGAGUGAAAUAUUUCAUUUACACGAAUUUUCAAAGCCCAAAACUACAGAAUACUUCAGAACUUUGCCGUAGUUUCAGACAAAGAUCGCUUUCAAUUCAAUUUUCAACGCGAGACGUGUCUUUUUUUUUGCUUUUUCCGUUUUUUUUUUUUAAGGAAUUCCUAGGCGAAUCCUAGACGAAGUUUUUCUGAGAGAAUUUUUGAAGUGACGGCGGGAAAAGAGGGGCUAAAAAGCCGACAAUGUUAUCUCGACUUUUGAAGUUUGAGGGACGUGGUUUUUGAUUCAUUCUUUUAUUUCGAGGAGGGGAGAGGUUAGAGAGGCUCUUUUGAGUGUUAAGUUUUAUUUUAUGAGGAAAAUAGAAAAUUUCAAGGAUCAGAGGUAGGAAGUUAUGACAAAAUAAUGUGAAAAAUCAUUGAAAGUUAAUUUUCUGGGGUGCUUUUUUUAUCAGACUUUUUUCGAUCACAGAAAGGUUGGAAGGCUCUUUUUAGAGUGAAAUAGAGUUGAUUAAAGAAAAAAAUGAAAGUUUUGGAGAGAAGGGAUUUUUUUAAUCAGAUCAAAUUUGAAUGAAAAAAAAGAGGAGAACUUUACAUAUUUUAAAAAAUAAAGUAAUUUCAGUUCCUACCGCGUUUUUACAGUGGUAUUUUUUUCGAAUGGAUAUAGAUUCUAAAUUGAGAAAUUUUUAUAUUGAUUUUUUGAUCUCCGAUAAAAAAAAAAUUUUGAGGUUUUUUUUCGGAUCUCUCACUUCAAUUUCCUCAUCACUUUGCAACCUCUGAUCUUUGUUUCUGGAAAAAAAAGCGAAUAGUUUCGCUGAUCUGAUAUGAUUGAUUGGCAUGGCAGGUUUUGCUUUUUCAAGGAUUUUUUUUGGCUUUUCUCAGGAUUUGAAAUGAACUCCAACAGCUUCAACUUAAUUUAGAAAAGUGCGGUCUAUGAGAUUUACAUGUUCCAUUUUGAGGAGUAUAUCGAAGAUAAAAGUUGCGAAUGUCGUUUUGAAGUCGGGUGCAGCUUGAUUGUGAGCUGCUUUCCUUGCUAACGGGAACUUUUUCUAACAAAAGAAUAAAUGGAAAGUUUUCAAUUUGUCUCCAAUAAGCCCUCAUUUCACCAAAGAGUUUUGGCCACAUGUUAUUUGAGAUGUCGUUUUGAGAAGAAUUCAAAUUAACAUUUUUUUUUUGGACACAUCGAAACAUGUUUACCGACUUUUUUGAGGGCUAUUUGGACUAAAAUUUUUCUUUUAUACUUCGAAAAUGGAAGAAAAUCAUGGACUUUUUUUCAAAAAGCUUGUAGCAAAACGCUUGAGUUUUCGAAUUUUUUUUUUUAAAUAUUUUUCAAAAUUUUUCAUUACUAGGCUUUUCCCACUGAUUGUGAUGACCUGCGCACUUCAUUUUCCGCUCUUUUCAAUCCUCCAAGAAAGAAACGGAAGUGGAAAAAAAAACGAAGAACUUAAAGUGGAGCAACACUAGGCGCUCUCGAAUUACCAUGGGGGCAAAAGUCCGCCAGAAAUACAUUUCCCACGAACGGAUCUUCUAACGCACACACACACACACAUUGUGACAUGUUUCAGAGUUCAAAAUGAGAGGGACUUUGAGAAAAAUUCGGGAAAUAAUGAUGAAAAAUAGAAUGAAAUGGAGAAAAGACUGAAAAACAGUUUUUCAAAAAGUUUGACCAGACUUGAAACUCCGCGCUGGCAUUUGGAAUGGCUUGAAGCGCAAAAUUAAAAUAUUUAAAAAAGAUUUCUGAAAAAGAUUCUCAGAACUCCCUCGAAUUUCCAGCAGAAUUGGUAAAAAAAAAAGUGAUGCUCUUGCGUCAGACUUGAAACAACUUGCGCGCGAAGACUUAUAUUAGCCGCGACGCUUUGAGCCAUUUUCCAGAGAGUUUCAAGUCAAUUUCAAAGAUUUUCUGUCCAUCAUUAAUUAGAGAACCUAACGAAAAGUCUCAGUGGAGAUAAGUUAAAUAACUGAAAAAUUUUUAAUUUAUAAUGCUUCGUAAAAAAAUCAAGUAAGUGUUUCUUUCUCCUUUUUCAAGCCUUUAGAAUGAAACUAAAAAGAUGCAUCUGAAUUUCCAUUUUUUUUUCGGGAUUUUAAUAGUUCAACGUGUCGAUUUCCACCACUUCCUGUCGAAAUUCAUGUUGGAAAUGUAUAAAAUUUUAUUUUAUUUUUCUCCUCCUCAAAACGGAUACGUGAAAGCGAAACGGCAACGGAUCUUGUUUCCAAAUGGCUAAAAAUCAGGGGAAACGCAGCGAAAAAAGAAAGAAGUUUCGAAUUUCGUUUUGUUUCAGUGAUUUGGAAGAGGGAUGGGAAAAUAUUUUGAAGAUCAAAAGUUUGGAGCAAAAUGGGAAAAAAUGUGGAGUUUGGUCUGGAGAUUCCAAAAGUGGCCCAUUUUCAAAUUGAAUCUGAAUAAAUAUUCCUCUUUUUUCCCCAUAACCUCGCAUUUUUUUUUCGAAUGUUAUUUUCUUUUUCAGAUCAGCGAUCACACCACUGUCGAAUCUGCAGCUGAUCCCGCCAUUACCUGAGCAAUUUGACCUGGUCACGAGGGAGUGUUGUGCUGCCGCCAAGCAAUGUUGCAGGAAAACUUUGCUCAAAACGACGACUUUGGAGUUUGGUGAGUGAAAAUGUCGAAAAGGCUCCGGAAAAGUCGGGACUGCCAACUUUCAAGCUAGGAAAAUUUGGGACUGCCAAUUUUUAGCUUUAAACAUUUUGGGACUGCCAAUUUUUGAAUAGAAAAAUUUGGGACUGCCAAUUUUCAGCUAGAAACAUUUUGGGACUGCCAAUUUUUAGCUAGAAAAAUUUGGGACUGCCAUUUUGAGCUUGAAAAUUUUUGGGACUGCCAAUUUUAAGCUAGAAAAAUUUGGGACUGCCAAUUUUCAGCUAGAAACAUUUUGGGACUGCCAUUUUGAGCUAGAAAAAUUUGGGACUGCCAAUUUUUAGCUUGUAACAAUUGGGACUGCCAAUUUUCAGCCUUUUUUCCCUUUCCUCACCGGUAAAAGAGUGUAGAGCGCAGACAGGUUAGACUGAAGAAGUAAUGGCUAAUAGUGUCCUGAAAAACAUAAGGUCUCAUACAUGUCAUACAAUGUAAUAAUUUUCAGACCCGCUAAAUUCGAAUCAACCGCCGGACCGAAAAGAACCAACCUGUGAUGCCACAUGGGACGGCUGGAAUUGCUUCGAGGCGUCGGCGACGCCUGCGAAUCUAACGGCAUCUUGUCCGCCCUACAUUUACGGGAUCUAUCCGCAGGCCGAGGAGAAACCUCGAUGUCAGUGUCUUCGAAAAGUAAUAGAAGAGAAUGGCUCAACGCGUUGCGGUCGCGGAGCGGUUCUUAUAAAACUACAAAAUUCAGAAGAGAAACUUUAUUAAGUAAGGUCGGCAGAAGCUUUUGAAUAAGUUAAAACAUUGGAAAUUAGUUUAGCAUGCUGAAAUGAAAUAGUUUUGAGUAAUUUUUAGUAGCUUUUUGAAUCGCGCUGAACUGAUUUUUUUCGGACAUUGAUAUACUCGAAUAAUUGAAAAUACUUCUUGUGUGGUUAUUAGAAAAGACAGAAACAGAAAAGAAAUGUUUGAAAAUUUGAAGUUAUGACUUGCAUGUACUAAGUAUGCGCUUCCUUUUUUCAUAAUUUUCCUUUUCAGACCUCAUUAAAACGUGUACGAGUGAGGGCUGGUUGAAGUUCAGCAAUCGGGAAUACACGGAUUACGCUGGCUGUACUUUUAGUCAAGUGAGUUUUGAUUGUAAUGUAAAAAAAUCUAGUCGAAAGUGUAGAAAAUCGGGAGGAAAUGGCUGUUUUUGAUAGCGAGAGAGCCUUUUCUCGAAUAAAAAAAUGAUGAAUAAUUUUUUAGGACGUCAGGGUUCGACUAAUCACUGGAAUCAUCACAUUCUUGAUAUCGGUCAUCGUUUUGCUUCCCGCCGUUCUUCUUUUGUCGUUUUUUUAAGGUUUGGAGAUUGUUUUAGGAAAAUGGGGGUUUUCGUGGCCUCAGAGGCUUUUUUGAGUUUUGAGAAAUUAAACUUGUUACCAUGAAGUUAGAAGUUGAAUAGAAUCCACCAUUGAACUUCAUCUUGUGUUUUCGAAUUUGAGCACGAAUUAAGUUAGAUUUCUCUUUCAAAGUUUAUAUUUUCACAUAUUUUUUUGAAUAAUUAUAGAGUCUGAAUAAGAAAUCAGUUUUCCUAAGACUUGCAGGAAAAUUCGGAGUAGCCUCUUUAAGUGAUCCCUCAAUAGAAAAAUACUUCAUUCUGGGGACCACUUACGCUUCUUAAGUGGUCACUCAAAGAGAAACGACUUUUUUUCAAACUAAAGCUUAUUAUAAGACAGAAGAUUAGUGAAUUUUUAACAGAAGAGUUUGAAAAAAAUAUUUUUUAUUUUUCAAAUUUCCAGAAGGAUCCGCAAACAGCCGAUGUUCGUCCUACACCGGCACCUACUGAUUUCCUUCCUUUUAUAUGGGAUUUUAUACCUCGUUAACGUCAGCUUGUUUGUCGUCGAUUCGGCUCCUCUAUCUGGAUUCAUCUACACUAAUCAUGUAAUUCGAAAAAAAUCCGGGAAAAAAAUAUGUGAAAAAUUACAGAUUUUUUGCCGCUUGUUGUUCUCGGCUCAGCUGAGAUUCCUGCGAUUAACCAACUUUUCUUGGAUGUUGGCUGAAGGUUUAAUUUUUUUUUUAGUAGGUUGAGAACAAAAAUAAGAGUUCAACUAAAAUUUGCUCUAUAACUCUAAAAAGUUUCAAGUUAUCGGUAGAGAAAAAAAUAAAAUCUGAAAAAAAUGGGCCGAUUUGAAAUUAAUUUUUGGAAAAAAAGACUAGUUGGAAUACGUUUCUUCAUAUUUGUUAAUUGAUUCUUUUUUUCGAAAAAAAAUCGGUAUAAUUCGAAAAAAAUUUCUAAUAAGAAACUUCCCCAAGAAACGGAAAAAAAUGGGAGACUAAUCCUCAAAGUGCGCUCCAUCGCAGUAUUGAUCGAUUUUACAAUUCUUCUUUUCUUUGUUUAUGUAUUUAUUUUUAUUUUUUCAGGUGUUUAUUUGUACCGGUUGCUGCACAGUGCUCAACAUUCUGAGGGAGAAAGUUUGACCUACUACAAAAUUUUGUGUUGGGGUUAGUUUUUUCGUGAUUUUAUCGAUAAAUGGUCAUUUUCUGCUUUAAUUUCAUCACUGAAUUAAUACCGAAAGCUUGAAAAUGUGUUUAGGAAUGUUGGAGACUUUAAAAUAUAGAAAGAUUUUGAAGAUUUGGAGAGUUAGUCUUGGUAGACUUCAGAAUUUGAUCUCAAAUAUUAUUCCAGGCAUCCCGGCGGUCAUCACCUUUUUCUACAUGUUCGUCCGAGGAUUAUACGAUGAAAUCGGCAUGUGUUGGGUGGAAAAUUCUUCGGUCGCUUGGGUCGAAUGGAGCAUUAUUUUGCCGUCGCUGUUGGCUAUCACGGUAGGUUUUUAAGUUUAAAAAAAUGCCGAAAAAGGGUAGCGUAAUCUAAACCAAUUUUAUCCAUUUCUACAUAUAAUUUUGUUUAAAAUAGAAUUUCAAUGACAUUUUAUACUCAAAAACGAUGAAAGGAGCUGAUGAUCAUAUAAGUUUUAAGGUGAACGUGUUGCUGUUGACGCUGGUGAUGUUCAUUCUCGUGAAGAAGCUACGCGGAGAUCCGCAUUUGGAACGGAUCCAAUAUCAGUUCGUUUUAGAGUUUUUUUGAAAAAAAUUUUCAAAAGAAAAAAAAUAGGAUGAAAAUUUAUUGGAAUCGAGUUUGAAGUCAGUUAUUUGAUUUUCAAUUAGGAAAUGUAACUAAAAAAAUCUUGAAAUUUUUCUGAAGCAUAAAUAUUUUUUUCUGGAUAAUCUUCAAUUUUUUUCCUUUCAGAAUUAUUCCUGACGACUAGAAUAUCUUUGAAAACAUUUUUUCUCGAUAAAUCUCAAAUUUCAGCAUCUCCCCUUUCACACAUUUAUACACACACGAGCGUGUAGAGAAGAAAAUAGAUUUGAUAUUUUCCUUUUUUUGAAAAUGUUGAAAGUGUCUAGUUUCAUAUGAAAGAUAUUUGGAACUUCCAUUUUUUUCCUUUGCGGGGCUUUUUUUGAGAUUUUUUUCAAGUUAUUAGCUUGAAAAUUAGCAAAAUUAGGUUUAUUUUUCAUCAGAAAAGAAUUGUUCUUUUACUUUACAAAUUUUUUUGAACAAAAACUUUGAGGUUUUUCGAAAAUUUUUGUAAUGGAAAAGUGACGUUAGAUUUUUCAAUAAAUUCUUUGAUAAAAAAAUUCUUUCAGAAAAGCUGUUCGUGGCGCGCUGAUGCUGAUCCCCGUCUUCGGAAUCCAGCAAUUAUUGACGAUUUAUCGAUUGAAUAAUACGGUUUAUCAGGCGAUCGAUCAGUCUUUGAAUGGGCUUCAGGUAAGUUGUCAGAAAAUGAGGGGGAACCGAGUUUUCAACUUGGACUUCUAGUGGAAAAAUAAAAAUUCUUCUUCUGAGAAUAUAGAUUUGCGGGACCCUAAUGGAAGGGAAGCAUUAGAAAAGUCUUUCAAAAAAUUUUUCAGUCCAGAAAUUCUUUUUAAUGUCUAAAAAAGUCUUUUUCCUGUUCCAAAGGGGGAAAAUCUAGCGAAUCUCAAAAAUUAUUAUGGGUAUCAAAAUUCUCCGUUUCAGGGUCUUUUUGUCGCCCUGAUCGUCUGUUAUACGAACCGAAACGUGAUCGACAGCACCUGCAAGUGGUGGGACUCGCAGAAGGUGAGAAAACCGUUUUUGGACGCACUUGGAAUGGCUCGUCCCGCUGGAAGUGUUUUCCAGCCGAGUCAUUCCAAAUGCGACCAAUGUGCUUGGAAAGCCUGUCUAAAUUCCAUUUUUCCAGGAAAAACGAGCCCUUGGAACAGAGUGUCGACAAAGGUUGAGCGUCCAAGAACACAGCAAACUCCUCCUCAAACCGACCAACAACAACAACAAGAGUUCCAAUAAUAAUGACUUGAGCAAUUUGUGA